AUGAACAGAAACCGAAGAGCAAUAAUAGUUGGCGGAAUAUUAAAAAUACGCAGACCAUUGGAGAGCAAAGAGCCAGAGCACAUUCUAAGAGCAUUUGCCAAGGAGAACGCACUCUUCAAUAAGUUUGUUCUUUCUGCCCCUGCUGGGAUAGAUGCUACCGUGGAGUACUUAUUGGACAACUCAAAAAACGAAAGCGAAUGGGAGGUUACGUGCAGAGCAGCUGAGGCGCUGUUUGAAAAGACGGGAAACACUGAGAUAGUAGAUAGAAUUCUCAAGAGAACAGACACAGAGGCAGACAAAGACGUUAUAUCCAGCCUGUUCUACUCGAUCAAAAAGCUUCUAAUACUCAACUGGGAGAACAAAGAAGUAGUGGACAGAAUAGUGCAGCACAGCUACACAAAGGAAAACGAGUACUAUUUUGCAGUGGCGCUCUCUGA